AUGCCCUUCACCUGCGAUCCCAAGAACCCGCACGCAUCCGAGUCGCUCAAACGCAUAUGUCGCAACCUGCGCUGGAUCCCGUUCGUCUUCAUCGUCGGUCUCAUCGCCUUUGCCUAUCUCACCGUCACCGUCUCUCUCGCGAUCCAAUACCGAUUUAUACGGAAGGGUGAAUGGAUAUCGGCUUUGUUCGAGAUCUUGUUCUCGACGACACUGGCGGGAGGAGCGAUAUGGGGCUUCAUCGUGGCGGUGUUCCAACACCCUGGUUCGCCAUCUCGACAAGUCAACGACUCGGAAGGAUGGGGAGCGACCAGCUCAAGUAGCAAUCUGCGUCCUGGUAGCGAGUACGAGAUGCAUCACGGCGCACCCAACGAGGAAUCCCAAUCGCUCAUGCACCAUCGUGACUCAGUGGACGUCUCCUCUUCCGCCCCACUCCUCCCCGCCCCGAUCCCUGGUCAGCCAUCUUACCCCGCCCGUUCGGGCCGCGAACAGCUCUCCGACCUCGCCCGUCUGUCCACCGGCGCAGUCGUCCAAGAACGCGCCAACAUCUGGGUCAAAUCUACCGGCGACCCUCGCUGGUGUGCCAAAUGCAACGCUCCCAAGCCGGAUCGCACCCACCACUGCAGCACGUGCCAAACAUGCGUUCUACGGAUGGACCACCACUGUCCCUGGCUCGCCAAUCGCUGUGUCGGGCUGCGCAACCACAAGGCGUUCUUUCUGUUCAUCAGCUACACGGCGUUGUUCUGCGCAUACGCAUGUCAGGAGACCGCCAGGGCGCUGCUGCGCUAUGUGGAAGGAGAGGCGGAUGGGUUCGAGAGCAGCCCCAUCGCUUGGGCUGUGGUGAUGUUUCUGGGCUUCAUCUUCGGGGCUAGUCUGGUGCCCUUUGCAGGAUACCAUGCUUGGUUGAUCUGUAGGAACAGGACGACGAUUGAGAGUAUGGAGGGGUCAGGGCGGGUGAGGUUGCGGGUCAAGAGGGAUGAAAACAGGCCUCGGGUGGAGGACCGAUUGCGAGGCGUGAUGCGCAGCUCCAUCGAGCGAAGCGAUCGCACCGCUCGCAGUGCAUCAAACAGGGAAGAGAGGAGCGAAAGCGGUUGGCGAACAGAUGAGCAUCUCACACGGGACGAACGACGUGCGCUCAAAAAGGCCUCCAAGCUCAACGUGUACGACGUCGGUGCGGCCAACAACUGGCGGCAGGUCAUGGGCGACAAGUGGUAUCUCUGGUUCGUGCCUGUGGGCGCACCGAGAUCGGAUGGGUUUGCGUUCUUGGUGCAGACGCAGACGCUGCAGAAGCUCGAGGAGAUCACUGCGUCAAUACGGGUCAGGGACGAGCAGACGUUCCGACCGCCCACCCUGCGUCAUCCUGACUCUCGGCCCAGCGAGGGUUACGACGAUGACGAUUCGGUGUACGACCCUUCGCAGCCAGCUUCACGAUUUGGGUACCCGGAGGGUGCGGAGAGGAGGCACGAAUCGGUGCAAGCGAGGGAGACAGGGUUGGACAGAAGGACGGGACAGAGAUUCAAUGGGGCGCACGGAGAGAUGGAGUGGGGCGACGCACCAAAGAAGUCGUUCGUGCUGUUUGGCGUCGAUGAUGAGGACUAG